CUUUUUAAUGUGGUCUCUACUACUAUAUAAACCAUGCUCAUUAUCACAUUUUCUCAUCAAUUUAUUCUCUUCAGCUUCUCUAUCUUUAAUAGCUCAAGUUAUUGUGUUAUCUCGAGUAACUUGCAGAGAAAGCAAACAUGAGUAGGCCGGGAGAUUGGAACUGCAGGUCGUGCCAUCACCUAAAUUUUCAAAGGCGCGAUUCGUGCCAAAGAUGUGGCGAUUCAAAAUUCGGAGAAAGAGUUGAGUAUGGAACUUUUGGAGGAAGAGGAGGAUCUUCAUUUGGUUUAAGUGGCUCAGAUGUUCGUCUAGGUGAUUGGUACUGUGCUGCUGGUAAUUGUGGUGCACAUAACUUUGCUAGUCGUUUAAGUUGCUUCAAGUGUGGUGCUUUCAAAGAUGAGUUAGUUGGAGGAUAUAAUAAUAACAAUAGUGACAUUUUGGGUUCAAGGGCUUUUGGUGGAAGUGGAAAACCAGGAUGGAAAUCCGGUGAUUGGAUGUGUAACAGAUUAGGAUGCAAUGAACACAACUUUGCUAGCAGAAUGGAAUGUUUCAAAUGCAGUGCGCCAAGAGACACAUACUAGAAAUGAGAUUAUCCAAGCAAAAAAUUAGAAAGACUACAUCAAUUACAAGAGAUGCUUCAAGAUUUCAUUAUUAGUUACUAUGAAAUGUUAAGGCUUGUGAUUUCUGAAAAAGUGUUAUGAAAUGUCAUGUUAAAAAGAAACCACAACCCUUAGGCUCUUCUUUAGAUUUUCCUUAAUUAAAAACUAUGAUAAUGUUAUUUUGGUGCUUUAAACUAUUUUAUUAUCUUUAGUCUGUGUUAGAGAGUUCAUUUAUUGUAUUGUGCGUUGUUUUCUUAAAUGUUGGUGAAUUUUUAUUUUCUUAUCUCAUGAAAAUCAACUAUAGUACUUCCUAAAUGUAUGUGUGAGAUUGAGAGGGUGUGAUGCCAUAAUCCAUCAUUCAUCUUAUUUCAUGAGUUA